AUGAAUAGAAAUUACAGUAGUGCUUCAUUAAAUAAUAGUAAUAAUAAUAAUAAUAAUAACAAUAAUAAUGGUGGUGGCUUAAGAGCUAGCACUAGCGAAGUUGAUUUAUUUCAAUUAACAUCAAAUUUAAAUACAUUAUCAGAUGUUUCAAGGCUUUUAAUGAAUAAAAGGAAUAGUAUUCAAAGUAAUACUAGAAGACCAUAUACAGAAAAAACACCAGAAGAAAUUAAAAAAGAGAAUGAAAUUAUAGAAAAUUUAGAUAAAGUAUACUUUGAUGAAAAUUUUGAUAGCUCAUUUAUUUUAGAAAGUAUAGGUGCUAAUGACCCAAUAGAAACUAUUGAUGCAUUAACUGUAAAGAUUAGUGGCUAUCACGAAGCUGUGGAUUCAAGAUUUAAUGAUUUAAUUAGAAAGUCAUAUAGCGGUUUUGUUCAAGGUAUGUCUCAAGUUUAUGAGAUUGAAAGAGAUUUGACACACUCGGCGAGAAUGUGUUCAUCAGGUAAAGAAUAUUUAGACGGUGUGCAAUCAAAUUUAACAGCAUUUGGUUUCAAAUUAUUAGCAAAGCAUAGAAUUAGACAAUAUUCAAAAUAUAUGUUACAGGAAAUGUCUCGUAUCUAUGAAAUUACUCAAACAGCACGUAAAAUUGAUUCAUACUUAAAUAUGAAUGAAUUCGCACAAGCAUUGGAGUUAUUAACACAAUGGAACCAAGUAAUUACAAAGUAUUCAAAAUAUUCGUAUAUUGAAGAUUUAACAUCUAAGUUUGAUUUUAGAGAAGAUACAGUGUUGGGUAAAAUCGAUUCAUCAUUUGUUGGGGUAUGUCAUGUAUUUGAUCCAAAGAGUAUGAAAUUUGUAGAAUUGUGUCAAAUAUUAAAAGAAGAUCAGUAUAUACCAUCUUUAAUGGGUAUAUUAGAACAUUUAUCCGAUUUAAUGUGGUCACAUUAUAUGAUGAAGCAAUGGAUAUUAUUAAGAUUACAGGCUAUUAAAAGUGAUUGUGAAGAAAAGAAAUUUUACAUUGAAAUAUUUAAAUUAUUUUGCUCAAAUAAAAAGACCAUUUGGAAUUCAAUACAAAAUCAAGUUAGACAUAUAUUGAACUCAUUGAAACCUAAAUUUAAAAUCGAGUUAUUCAUUAAAGUAUUGGAUUCAAUUAAUCAGUUCAUAGAAGUUGGUAUUCAAUUUUCAGGUGAAGAGGCAAACUUACUAAAGGGUAUAAUGAGGGAGAAAUCUUUAGACUAUUUCCAAUAUUUCCAUAAAGAGACCAUCGAAAGACUUAAAACAAUGUUGGAAAAUGAAAUGUGGCAUAAAAUCCCAUUACCAAAUAAUUUUACGGUAUUGGAUGUAAAAGAAUUUGGUAUUAUUAUGAAUAGCUUCAACGAGAGUAAUUUAGAUAGUGAAGGUGGUAGCCGUAGUAGAAAAUCAUCAUCAUCUAAACCACCUCAACCACAAAUAAAUCAACCAGCUAUAUCAGGGUUUUUAACAAUCACAGACCAACAAAAACAACAGCAACAACAACUAAGCCUUUGUCCACAGGAUUAUGAAAUACCAUUCCUUAAUCAUUUCAAGGACAAUGGUAACCCAUUCUCAUUGAUCGAGGGUAGAAGAACUUUAUCAGAGGCAGCAGGUAACAGGAAUAGUCUUAGUACAAGUCAAACCGAAUUACCAACAUUUAAUAAUAACAACGCAACUACAAGUAGCCCAUUAAUUUCAUCAACUACAAUCAAUGUUAUAAAACAAAUUGGUUAUUAUUUACAAAUGAUGAAAAUUUUGAAACAAUUGGCCUAUCCAAUUUUUACAGCCAUAUCACAGUUAUUAGAGUAUUACGUUUAUUCAGUAUUUACAUUCUUUGGUAGCAUGAAUGAAAAGAACACUAUAUUGGAUAUCGCAAAUAAUAAUAGUAAUAUCAAUCCAAUGUUAAUUAAAACACUACAAAGAUUAAAAAAUAAAUUCUCACCACCACCAGUACAAGAAAAAACAUCAUUAUUAUCAGCAUCAACAUUUCAAAGUAAAAUUUCAUCACCUCAUUUAUCAAUUAAAAGUGAUAAAUCACCAAAUUUAAAUCAACCAAAAGAAAAUAUAUUUUUACCAAAUUUAUCAUUAUCGAAUAGUAGUAAUAGUAUUAAUAGUAAUAGUAAUAAUAGUAAUAAUGGUUCAAAUCAUAAUAAUGGUUUAAAUAGUUUAAAUAAUAAUUUUAAUAGCGAAGAAGAGAUUAUUAUUAAUUGGUCCCUACCCAAACUUAACGAUUCUUUGGAUUUAACCCAAUCUAAAAAUCUUUUUGGUUUAGAACAUAAAAUUAUUGGUUUGGAGUCAAUGAUGUUUUUAGUAGAUUGUAUUAUGGAAGCCCAGCCUUUAGUUUUAGAUUUAAUCCCACCUGAAAAGUCUUCACAAACUACAAAUUUUUAUGUUGAAACUGUUUCAGUCGUUGCAUCAUUAAGAAAUUUAUUAUAUAAAAAUAUAACUUCACAGUUUUUAGAGCUCGAAACUAUACCAAAUUUAAUUACAAAUACAAAGUGGGAAUUGAAAGAGGCACCAACAACAGAAAAUCAUUAUGUAUCAUCAAUUAUUAUACAGUUUCAUAAAUUUGCAGGUAAUUUAGACGCAAUAGCAUCACCAAAAACCACAUUGAUAACACCAAAAAUCAAAAAUUUAUUAUGGGAAAAUACAAUUGUAUUUGCAAUGGAGACAUUAAUAGAGUCUUAUUCAAAAAUCAAAAAAUGCAAUAACUUUGGUAGAAAUUUAAUGAUUAUGGAUGUAAAAAAAUUGCAAUCAGAUUUAGAACCUUUAACUACAAUCAGACCAAUUCCACAUAUAAAACACGUCGAACAUUAUAUUACCGCUUAUUAUUUACCAAGAAAGGAGUUAUACGAAAUGGCAAGAGAUUCAGAAUACACUGUAAAACAAAUCAUUAGUAUUGUAAACAUUCAAAAUCAUUUACCAAAGCCCGAAAAACAGAAAUUAUUAUCUGAUUUAGAUGAUUUAGAAAAACAAAAACUAAAAGAAAAUCAAAUGAUGCUAAAUAUAAAAUAA